CUUUUUUUGCCUUGUUAUUUAGUAGAUGUGUAACCCGAUAGGGGGCAGAGAGAGCGAGAGCGAGAGAGAGAGAGAGAGAGAGAGAGAGAGAGAGAGAGAGAAAGGGGGGGGUGAGGGAAUGUUGGACUGCAAUGGAGCAGAAUGCCAUACAGUGGUUAGGCCCCCCGUGCUGCCUGCGAGGCUCCUUCGCCUUCUACAAGUCGGUGAGCUGCAGGCCCGAGGCUGGCGGUCCUGUUAAAAUCUGGAGACUCGGCGAGUUCUACUACGUGCGCUGUGGCCCUCAGGAGCCGGUGUGUAUCGCUGAGAUCACUCUGCUGUGGGAGGAUCAGAGACAGCGUCACCCUCUGGCCAGUGCCAGACUCUAUUACCUACCAGAGGACACCCCCAAGGGCAGGACUAAGGAACAUGGAGAGGACGAAGUCAUCGGCGUCUCUAAGAAGGCCGUGGUGCGAGUGGAGCAUCUGGUGAAAUGGACCUGUCCGGAGCCACCUCAGUGGAAACAGAACACCACGAACAUCACUGACCUCUGUGUACUGAAUGGUUCCUCUUGUUUAACAGAUCCACAGGAAGUGAAAACCAAAGAUGAUGUUUCAGGAGUUCAGCACAGGGUUAAGGUGCUCAGUUACCCGCAGUACUGCCGCUUUCGCUCCUUGCAGAAACGGAUCCAGAACAACACAGCCCGACCCAGUCCGCAAGACCCUCACCUGCUGGCUUUGGGCUGGAUAAAAAUGACUCUACACAACACCCAGAUCCUGUACUGCAGAGACACUUUCAGCCAUCCGAGUCUGGGCACCAACCCGAGUUUAACGCCCGAGUUUGGAUGCCUGUCCGUAAGCCUGAAAGGAAGACCGCGGAAACGUCGCGGCAGAGAUGGCGACGGAACCGAUCAGCAAAACCUCAACCAUUCCGAGUCAUGGAGGGAGAGAACGAAGGAAAACGUCAUAAGCAACGUGGAGACGAUCGACGGUCACUGGCUUCCGCAUCCUGAGGAGAAGAUCUUUCUGGAUCAGCUGUAUCUCUUCAUGGAGCGCCGAGGUUCCCCCAUCUGCAAGGUUCCUAACCUGGGCUUUAAAAAGAUUGAUCUUUUCCUGAUGUACUCAGUCGUCAAUAAGCUGGGAGGAUAUGAAGCGGUGACCUCUCGACGCUUGUGGAAAGUGGUGUACAACGAGCUAGGAGGAAGUCCGGGCAGUACCAGCGCUGCCACCUGUACCAGACGACAUUAUGAAAAGUUGAUGUUGCCAUAUGAGCAGCACAUAAAGGGAGGAAACCAACAGCUGAACAAACCCAAGGCUCCGGUCCCUUCAUCUGCUUCGGCUGCGUCCAUCAGGAAGGUCGUGCGAGGGAGAGUUCAGAGUGCUCAGAGAAAGAACGGGGUCACUAGUCAGGCAGCACCACCAGAUGGCGCCAGGGCGCGGAAAAGAGGACGACCUCCUGGGAAAAGGACCGUUAAAGUUCUGGUUCGGGGCAGAGUUGGUAGACCCCCGUCUCACACUAAAGCUUCGAGUGAAAAGGUAGUGAGUAAAGUCCAGCCGAUCACAGUCAUUCAGGAAGUAAGGAUUUCUCCAGCACCACCACUCACCACCCACAUGCCCCAGCAGCAGAAAGCUGAGGAAGAUCUCAAGGUGAAGCAGGAGGAUGAACCUUGCUUAUUGUCUGGACAAUCUAAGCUACAGAUUGGAGGCUCUCUGGAAGCGUUCAGCCCCACUAAGGGGAUGUGUCCUCUGGACUUCUUCAGAUCUCGUUUGGGUCUCAGUGGUGUGACUGGUCCGGAGAGAACUCAGGAGGCCUCGAUUACAAGCCAGACCAAAGCCAGGAGUCCAGAAACACCAGAGAAUUUGCAGCACCAGUGUUCUGGAUGCAACUCUGCACAUCCACCAUGGACUGGAGGCCCAAGAGAGGGCCUGACCGCCAAACCUCAGCUGCCUCCUCUGAAGAUCCUCCCGUUGGACAUUGAUUGUAGCCUUCAGUUGCACCAGCUUAUGCACACUCGCAUCGGCACGGCACAUAUGGACACGUUCACCAAGCGUCUCUCGGAAGCAUUGGCUCAGGAUCUUAGCAAAACCAACGGCCAUGCCGUGCCUGUUUCCCAGGAGCAGGCUGUGCCUCUAAACUUGAGCAAGAAGCCCACCACCAAGAGGUCUUCAGAUGACGUGGAUUCCCAACGGCAAAGAGACUCUGAGGCCAAGCGGCUAAAGAUGGAACCCGUAGAUCUUCGCCUGACUCUAAAGCAGAAUGGAGGUUCCUCAGGACAAAUGGUAGUCCAGGAUGAGCCAGCUGACCUGAGUUGUCCACGCAGGGCCAGGGCUCUUCAGGACAGGACUAGCUUAGACUUGACUGGAUCUCAGGAUUCACAAUUAUCUCCAAGAUCCGAUCUUAAUCCUUCCACAGACUCCGUUUUCCCUUUGAGCAUUGUCUCGUCAUCGGGCACCACUCUGAAAUGGCAGGAAACCGAUUUGAACCCCGUGGAUCUGAAGUUGGGCGAGACCCCUGAGAGACUUGGCGUUAAUCAGAACACAGAAUCUUGUCCUAAAGCUGAGCAGCUCUCCCAACAUAUUUCUUUCAAAGAUUCCAACACAAGGGAUUAUAAAGUUCCCUCUCUCAUUUCCAAGCCAUCCCAAAGCUGUUGACCUGCAGACAUGAAAGCAGAUCAGAGUGUAAUCUAAACGUCUAACUUACCAUUCCUCACUCCUCUCUGUCUACUAAUAUAUAUAUAUAUAUAUAUAUAUAUAUAUAUAUAUAUAUAUAUAUAAUGACAUAUAGACACUCACUGGACACUUUAAUAGCAACACUGUUCCUUUCUUCAUUUAUACAAUCACAUGGCUGCAGAGCUUCAGUAAAUGUUCCUGACUGAGAGGAGAGGAACCCCUAUAUGGCUUCAAACUGUUAUAGCUCCUCAACCUAAUGGUUCUUUGAUUUGAGAUGCUUUUCCGUUCAGCAUGGAUAUAGAGUGAUUUGAGUUUCCGUUGCUCGAGCCAGUUACCAAAAUGAAAUCUCCUUUUUUUUUUUUCCCCCAUUCAUUUGUUUGAUGUAAAAGACUCGAAACUUCAUUCUUUCGGUGCCUGAUUUGUUGCACUGCUGCUACCCGAUUGGCUGAUUCGGAGAGUCAGCAUUAACGAGCAGGGGUACAGGUGUUCUUAUUAAAGUGACCAGAUUUAGUUGGACUAUCCUGCUUCUAUGCCAAGUGUCUCAAACACUACUACUGUACUCCUUCUGGUCUGGGCGUCUUUUCUUUUUUUUUUUCUCCUAACAAAAGGCCAAUUGUCUUAUGCAGUCAAGUUUUUUUUUUCUCUCUCUCUCUCUCUCUCUCCCUCCAAGAACUCAUUAGUUUUUGAGCGGCUCAGCCAACGAAGGUCACGUCACAUGACUCUGGAAAUAUUUCGAUUUCUUUCUCUACAUAUUAACGGUGCUGUUAUUUUGACAAUACAGGAAUUCUGAAUCAUAUAUUUUAGAAACGCUCACAUUGCGAAUCACAGAUAUUUGUGUUAACUUAAAAAGCCAGUUCCAAAGGAAUUGGAUUGCUACUGUAGCUUAUUUUGGUCAUUGUCAGAAAUAUGCUAUUUUAGGCUUUAUCGUUAUUGCUUUAUAAGGGAGUCUUUUACUCCCAUUUUUUGUUUAUUUCCUGGACUCCCGUUGGUUUUAUCGUUCUGUCUUUUUAUACAUUUGUCUUUUCCUCGGCUAAUGAAGCUCUACACGUCCUUUCUUCUGCGUUUGCAGAGUGUUAUAUUUGGUGGUUGUUGAUAUUAAACUCGUGCAAUUAGUAGUUUUUAGUUUUUAAGGGUCCAGCGAGAACUUUUUAAAGGUUUUUUUAAGGGCAUUGAUUAGAUCUAUAUAUACAUACUUAUUAUUAUUUUAUUAAUUUUUGUUAAAGGCUUUAACGUAGACGAGUAAGGAGAUGUUCUCGGUCAGCGAGGGCUCGUUUUCUUUCUUUCUGUACGCAAAAUUCCUGAACAUGUUUACAGAGCAGGCGAUACGGAGACGUUGGGAGAGCUUCACAAACAAGCGUGUGUUUCCUCUGACCGGGCAGAGGUUUGAUAUGUGGCAUGAAAUCGCAAGUGGAUUUUAGAAAAAAAUGAUUAUUAUAAAAGAAGAAUAUGACUUUGCAGAUUGGAAAAAUGCUUGGAUCAUUUUAUUUUAAUUAAUAAAAAUGCAUUCUUUAUUGAGUAACUCAUUAUUCCUGCAAAUUCGUGCAAUUCAGCUUUUAUUUUUAUUUUAUUUUAUUUUUUAAAAAUCUGGUCUGAAAAUUCCCCCCAGGGUUCCUACAUUUUCUUUCCCUGUCGUUAUUGAAUAUCAGAAUUGAACUGAGCAGAAGAAAUGACGUUGCCGCUUUAAUUCAGCAGCACUCUUUAAUAAAUUGUGUCGUUAAUUCAUUAGUAUAUUUAAUUGUGCAGUAUUUGUCAUGGAUUGUUGAUUUUAUUUUAUUAUUCUUUUUGGCGAAUUUCAAUUCCAACCCUGAUUGAAAGCUAACUUUUGUUCUUCACCGUCUGUUGUUGACACGAUGCUCCUUUCAAGCCCGUGCUGAUGAAUGUGGACCAUCCAGUCUUGUCUGAUUUGUUGUUGCUUCAAACACCCAAAUUCCUGCUACACAAUACUGUGGACUGUCUGAUAGAAAAACUCCUUCUAUGUAUAAUUUUCUUUUAUUUUUUUGUUUGUUUUUAUUCAUCUUUUACAAGACAUAUUUAAAGGACCUGGAGAGAGUGGCUGACAACACCAUUACAACACUGAAUAUUUAUAAUAAAAACGUUACUCUCA